AUGAGCGCCUCAGUCUACAUUGGCCAGCGAAGAUCAUUUGACGGCGCAUCAUGCACAGUCCGUUAUGUGGGAAAGGUCCAGGGUACAACAGGUGAAUGGCUAGGGGUGGAAUGGGACGAUCCAGCACGAGGGAAACACUCUGGUGAACAUGGGGGAGUGAGAUAUUUUACAUGCAGAAGCAAGCGACCCACGGCAGGGUCAUUUAUCCGUCCAAAUCGCCCGGCGGAUAAGCCUCGAGCAUUUCUCGAGGCCUUGCACGAGAAAUAUGCGUCUGAGUUCGAAAGGGAGCUUACUAUUUCAGGUCGAGGAGCUGGUUCUCUGCACGACUCUAUCGAGAUCAGUGGGAAGCUUGUCGAAGAGGUCGGCUUUGACAAGAUUAGGAAGAGGCUUGCUGAGCUUCAAGAAUUAAAAAUCGUGUUACUUGACUGUCUACGCGUUGCUGGUGUUCUUGCAGACGAUGGGAGCCCGGAAGAAAAGGAGCAGGCUCGGAAGCAGAUCGAGCUGACCUGCCCGAAAAUCAAGGAGCUCGAUCUGAGUCGGAAUCUGUUGAGUCGCUGGAGUGAUGUUGCCGAUAUAUGUGGACAUCUCAAGCAGUUGAAGUCCUUGAGAUUGAACGGAAACCGGUUCGGGCCUGUCGAAGAAGGCUUGAGGUUUGAAGGAGUCACAGAGCUUCAGUUGGAUCAGACGCUCCUGUACUGGGAUGAGAUAUCGGCUCUGACGUAUCAAUUCCCAUCUCUGACAUCUCUGUCAGCGUCUAUAAACCAGAUCUCAACGAUAUCGACGCCACUCUCAAACAACAUCACGAAACUAAUCCUAGAGCAUAAUGAGAUCACUUCAUUAUCAUCCGUUAGACGUCUUGCAAAUCUCCCCCAGCUGGAGCAUCUUUCACUAAGAGGAAACUACAUCAGCACCAUCUAUGACACGAAUGCAAAUGAUACCCCUAUUCGAUUUUCAAGCUCACUCACGUCUGUCGAUUUAUCCCUCAACCAGAUCAACUCUUGGCUGUUUAUCAAUGAGCUCCACGCGGUCUUCCCCAGCCUGCAGACAUUGCGAAUAUCCGGAAAUCCUCUCUACGACCAGCCAGUGGCGCCGUCUAGAAUCACGAAUUUGCCAGAAAAACCGAUGACUGUGGAUGAGGCUUUUAUGCUAACUCUAUCCCGACUCUCUUCCCUCCAGGUUCUGAACUAUAGCAAAAUCUCUAAUCAUGACCGGAAUAACGGAGAACUUUAUUAUCUAUCACUCAUAGGCAAGGAAUUGUCUGCGUUUCCACUUGCUUCUGAAUCGGGCAUUCUCGCAACGCAUCCCCGGUAUAGGGAGCUUUGCGAGAAAUAUGGCGAGCCAACAAUCACUAGGGCCAUGGAGCCUGGGUUGGGAAAUACCGUGAAUCUGCGAUCCGUAGCGGCUCGCUUAAUCAGGAUGGAAUUCUACUUAUCUUCAUUGCUGAGUGCAACCAUUGCCCCAAAUACAGAAGAACAGAGCAAAGAAAAGAAAGAGGAGAAAACCACUACAAAGGUGAAGGAGAUCCCACGAUCCUUUGACAUCUACCAGGUCAAGGCGAUCGUUUCACGCCUAUUUGGGCUUUCGCCCUUCACAUUCAAGCUGGUCUGGGAGACAGACGAGUUGGACCCUGUGAAUAAGACGAAUAUCCAGGAGGAUGGAUGGGAUAGCAGCGAAGACGAAGAAGACAGGAAGGGUAAUCGGCUUGAACACUACAUCGAAACCGUGACGGAGAAGAAGAACCAGAAUUUUGUCAAACGAGAGGUCGAACUGGUGGAUUCGACUAGGGAGAUUGGCUACUUGUUCCCUGGUGAUCUGAAGGAGGUUAGGAUCAGAAUUGAGAUUCCAGGGUGAACAUGCCGUGUACAUAUACUGGAGACUCUUCAUAUAUACCUUGCAUGACCAGAAAGAAUAAGCAAGUGUCAUUCCAGA